AUGCUGCUGGGUGCUGCCGACAAGCUCUUGCCCCGGGAGAGGCUCCCCUUCAAAAUUCCAGCGGGGGACUCCGCGACGCAAAGGCGCAGCGAGGGAGAGAAGAUGGCCGACCACUCCUUUGUCGAGGACCCCACCUCGGCCUCGAAUUCUCCCAAGCUCAGCACAACUGCUAUGCCUCUCUCUCAAGAGUCCGACGAAGAGGACGACGCUGCCACUUUUCAGAGCGCCAGCCCACAGUCAGAGGAAGGGCAACCCGAUCUGACUUCCAAGAGCACACCCAACGGAGAGGAGGAGGAAGAAGACCAAGAGGGCCUGCUCCCCCGAGACAUGCCCAAAAAGACGGCCUUCUACGACCCGGUGGCGGAGCGCCAGAUGACACAGCAUGACGCGAAACUCUUCUACCAGCGCAGCCAGCUCGACCAGCAGAAAGGAGGCGGCCAGCCCUGGGGCUCCUCCGUGUACGAUGGCAGCAUCCAUGGUAGUCCGGUCAUUUCCCACGGAGUAGGGGCGCCCCUCGAAAGGACGCUCGGCUCCUCGUAUGACCUCCCGGCCGCCGCGUGGCCUCAGAAUGGCUCGCCAACUGGCGGUGAGAGUGUCUACGGUAGUGCCUCUAAGAAGGACACCACCCACUUCACAAUGCCCAGCAACCGCAGUCACCCUGAGAGCCAUUCGGAGUUUCAUAGGGUGCCCAGUGGACUAGGUGUCAGCGCCCAGGAUGCUGUCUACCAGGCUCAGUUGGAAAUGAGCACAGGCGCUCCCCAUGGGAUUGGUAGUGCCUCUUAUGUCGGGGCAGACGCUUCGGUCACGGCCGAGCUCAGCAGCAUCCUGAAGAAUGUCCAGAAGAUCCUCGACAUCCGUCACAAGUACAUUCGCCUGUCCCUCCAAGGGCCGACAGAUAAUCCCAGGGACGAUCCCAACUGGUCCAUCUACCCACCUCCGCCCCAGCCAGUCUGGGUGGGCGAUUCAGAGAGGGCCGUGAACGGAAGUAAUGCGCCAAAUAGCAUGACAAACAGCACGACUCUGCCAGCUGAUCAGACGCAAACUGAGACUCCCAAGAAGAGGCGGAAGCUUGGCGAGGACAUCGGCUCGGACUUUGACAUGGCUGAUCUCGAGCCCCUGCCUGGCGCGAGUGAGAUGACCUUCGGGCUCGAUGACAAUGGAGUAUUUCAGGUCUUUGAGAACGAGGCAGCGGAAGCAGCGGACACGCCCGCGGUCAACGUUCCAACUAUUAAAGAAUACUACAUCGACCUCGACGUGAUCCUGUCAGUGUCGUCUGACGGCCCAUCCAAGAGCUUUGCCUUUCGCCGGCUGCAGUACUUGGAGGGGAAAUAUAACCUCUACGCCCUCUUGAACGAAUAUCAAGAGACGGCAGACACCAAAAAGGUGCCGCAUCGUGAUUUCUACAAUGUUCGAAAGGUCGAUACCCACGUGCACCACUCCGCAUGCAUGAACCAGAAGCAUCUCCUUCGCUUCAUUAAGAGCAAAAUGAAGAAGUCCCCAGACGAGGUGGUGCUGCACAGAGAUGGCAAGUAUCUCACGCUGCGAGAGGUGUUCGAGAGUAUCAACUUGACAGCAUACGACCUCAGUAUUGACACCCUUGAUAUGCACGCCCACACCGAUUCGUUCCAUCGGUUCGACAAAUUCAAUCUGAAAUACAACCCAAUCGGAGAAUCUCGUCUGCGUACCAUCUUCCUCAAGACAGACAACCUGAUCAAGGGCCGCUACCUGGCAGAAAUCACCAAGGAGGUGAUCGCGGAUCUGGAGUCAAGCAAGUACCAAGUCGUCGAGUGGCGCAUCUCGAUCUAUGGCCGGUCGAUGGACGAGUGGGACAAGCUCGCGGCCUGGGUCGUCGACAACAAGCUCUUCUCACACAACGUCCGCUGGCUCAUCCAGAUCCCUCGCCUGUACGACGUGUACAAGGCGAGCGGUACAAUGGAGACAUUUGAGCAGAUCGUCAAGAACAUCUUCCAGCCGCUUUUCGAGGUCACCAAAGACCCUCAGAGCCACCCCAAACUUCACGUCUUCCUUCAGAGGGUUGUCGGCAUCGACAGCGUCGAUGACGAGAGCAAGGUCGAGCGACGCCUUUUCAGGAAGUACCCUGUUCCCAGAGUUUGGGACACGAAGCAGAACCCACCCUACAGUUACUGGAUCUACUACAUUUUCGCCAACCUCACCUCACUCAAUUUCUGGAGGAAGCAGCGUGGCUUCAACACGUUCGUCCUCCGGCCACACUGCGGUGAGGCUGGUGACGUCGAACAUCUCGCCGUGGCCGCCCAAUGUGCUCACAGCAUCAGUCACGGUCUGCUGCUGCGGAAGGUGCCCCUGCUGCAGUACAUCUUCUACCUCGAGCAGAUCGGCGUGGCAAUGUCUCCGCUCAGCAACAAUGCGCUGUUCCUGGCACUGGAGCGAAACCCAUUUUACCAAUAUUUCAAGCGUGGCCUCAACGUGUCCCUCUCCACGGAUGACCCUCUCCAGUUUGCCUACACCAAGGAGCCGUUGAUGGAGGAAUAUGCUGUGGCGGCGCAGAUCUACAAGCUCAGCCCAAUUGACAUGUGCGAGCUCGCAAAGAACUCUGUCAAACAAAGCGGCUAUGAGCAUUCGAUCAAGCAGCACUGGCUUGGCCCCAACUUCUUGAGGCCUGGGUUCAGGGGCAAUACCAUGGUCAAGACGAAUGUGCCUGACAGGAGGGAGGAAUUCAGAUACCGCACUUUGCUUGAGGAGCAGCAGAUGGUUGAGAUGUACACCUCGUACGCCGCAGACCCACCGGCCGACUCCGUUACGGCCGCGCCCAGCGGUACUGGGUCUGCCGUUCCCAAGUCGCCCGCGGCGAUCAAGACCGGCCUCAACGUCGACGUGCAAACGCCAGUGCACCCUCAGUCAAAGAGGGCGGCGCCAACGUCGUCGCCCGCGGUGGCACCUGUGCAGCCGAACGUGACUUCUACGCCGCCCGGCCCCGGUACCGUACAGCCCUCGACCUCGUGGCCGAUAGACGGGAUGAAGGAUGCGCACCUAUCGGGGAGCGAGCCGCGGAUCUUUCCGGGCAUGAUCAGCAGGAGGCAGAGGACGAACAGUCUCCGACAGGGGUCGACGAACGAGGCGGACGGCACGGCGAAGAGAGUGAUUUCUAGCAACAUGGAGGAGGUCGAUGAAGAUGCCGUUCUGGAGUCGAAGGAGUGA